UGUGUUCGUCCUUCUCGUCAAAAUCUGUUGCAGACUCGACUAAAGUGUUUAGCAGCUCAGUGUACUUUGAGAGCUUAACCAAUGUACGGACCUAUGGGAGAUACAUCUUGUUCUCCUCAUAACAACAUAUAUCACAGCGUAAAGUUGACUGCCUUGCACUUUGGUAACUGUUGGAUGGUAAGGUAGACUGAGUUGGCUUCUUUAAGCAGGAAGGUUAGGCUACCCUGGAAGACUACACCUAAAUACGUGUGUUGUUUUAAGGAUUUUUAUGCGAAGUUUCUUCUUCCCAAUGUUAAUCUAUCAUUGAGUGUGAGGUAGCAUCGCUGGAAGCCUACAGGACUGCUGCCAAUCUGUGAGGUUGGGACUUGUUGCGUGAAAAACACAUCCCCCGGGAAUAGUGUUUUCGGGUAAACCCUUUUUUAAAACCAAUUUGCAUUCAAGUCGGUGCGUGUCAGUGGUGUUUUGAUUUCACAACAGGACAGAUUAUCGAGUGUCUGUGGUGGGUGUUCCCCAAUCCUCUGAUUCUAGUCCUGAUAGUAUACAAGUCAGGUCGACUUUGUGGAGACUGGAGAGCGAACAUGAGACUGAAUGUGAUGGACUUUAGGCGUGAUUAAAGAAAUUGAAGUAAUUACCUAGGCCUACACAACUGCCUGACCGGAGCGGCUCUAAUGGUCUAACGGAACAGCCCUCGCCAGAUGUGCGCUGGAGUCCAGUUCCGUGGUUCAUAUUUUUGGAAAGGCGCAGCAGACCCCUCCAUAGCCUACCCGUGCACUUAUAUGUAAAUAAAUGGCACCCAUAAUACGUCGAAUUUAGUGAUUUUCUAUAGCCUGUAACUGCUGAGAAGAUGUCGGAGCAAGAGCGCUAUGGGGACGGACUGUGCGACGAUGGAGCUCCGGAGAUCAUCCCGCCGAGAGCGUCCAGGACGGGAAGGCGGAGCGGAGUCAUCCUCCCUGGCCAGGACAACGAUACCAUCGUCCUGGAGGCAGUGAGGGCAGCCCCACGCAGGAGCAGCAUCAUCAAGGAUCCUUCAGUGCACAAGGUGGCCGGCGGGCGCAAGAAGACUGUGUCCUUCAGUAGCAUCCCCUCAGAGAAGAAGGUGAGCAGCGCUGCCGACUGCCUGGCCUUCAUGCAGGGGGGCUGUGAGCUGAAGAAGGUGCGUCCCAACUCCCGGGUCUACAGUCGUUUCUACACCCUGGACCAGGACCUCAGUUGCCUGCGCUGGGAGCCCUCUAAGAAGGAUGGGGAGCGCGCCCGCCUGGACAUGGCCACUAUCAGGGAGGUUAGGACGGGGAAGAGCACUGAGACCUUCCUGCAUAACGGACCUGCUGCAGAACAUCUGGCUGAGGAGGCAGCGUUCUCUAUCAUCCACGGGGAUGACUACCAGUCUCUGGACCUGGUGGCUCUCUCCCCUGACGUGGCCAACAUCUGGGUAACGGGGCUGCGCUACCUGGUGUCCCACCCCUCUGUCAUCGGGCAUGGAGGGGGGGCAGGCGGGGGAGGAGGUCUGGGAGAGGGGAGCAUCAUAGGGGAGGGUAGCCUCGGCAGUAAAAUGAGGAGGGAUUGGCUGGCCGCAGAGUUUGCCGAGGUGGAUGAAGAUGGAUACGGGGUCGUCUCAGAGGAUACGGCCGUGGCAACCAUCUGCAAGCUGUAUCCUGGGAUCAAGGAAGCUAAGGUGCGCCUGAGGUUCAAGGAGAUUCAGAGGAGCAAGGAGAAGCUGACGUCUCACGUGACGCGCGAGGAGUUCCAGGAGGCCUUCUGUGAGCUAUGCACUCGGCCAGACGUCUACUUCCUGUUGGUCCAACUCUCCAAGGACCGCGAGUGUCUGGACGCCCAGGACCUCCGUCUCUUCCUGGAGACGGAGCAAGGCCUGUCUCUGGCCACGGCCGAGGGCUGUCUGGAACUGGUCCGACGCUUCGAGCCCUCCGGUCCUGGGAAAGAGAGAGGUCUAUUGGCUCUGGAUGGAUUCUCCCGCUACCUGCAGUCCCCAGAGUGCCAGCUGUUUGACGUGGAACACCAGGCAGUGUGUCAGGAUAUGAGCCUGCCCCUGUCCCACUACUACAUCAGUACCUCCUAUCGGUCCUAUCUCCUGGAUGACCAGGUCCAUGGGAGGGCUGAUCUAGGGGGCCUGACCAGGGCUCUCCAGGCCGGGUGUCGGUGCCUAGAGCUGGGGGUGACAGACGGCCCAGAGGGGGAGCCGCUCCUGGGGGUGGACUAUGGUCCUGAUGCCCACCACCACCACCAUCACCACCAUCACCACGCCCCUGUCACCAUCCGCAGUGCCCUGGAGGUGGUCAAUAAGUACGCCUUCCUGACCUCGCCCUAUCCGCUUCUGCUCUACCUGUGCCAGCGCUGUUCUCCCUCCCAGCAGCGUACCUUGGCCCAGCACCUGAGGAAAGUGUUCUCUACACGUCUCUACACCCCUGAGGCCCUGCCGGUCAGCCUGGGGGGGCGAGCCACCACCCUACCCUCCCCAGAGCAGCUGAAGGGCCGAGUGCUGCUGGUGGGGAAGAAGCUACCGCCCGAAGAGGAGGGGUCUGAGGGAGAGGUGUCAGAGGAGGACGAGGAGAUAGGGGGAGGCGGGCCCUUGGCUGGUCGGAAAAUGACCAUACCCGGGGAGGAGGAACUGGGUGCGGUUUUAGUGGUGCCCCCGCCCCCUCAGCCCAGGAGGCUCCGCCUUCGACAUGAGCUAUCAGAUCUAGUGGGCGUGGCUAGAACCGGAAGCCGUAGUUUCUACAACCACCGAGAAACAAGGAAACAAGGACAGCAGCACUCCCCGCCCAGCACCCCCUCCACCCCGGGCACGCCCUUUCCCCCUGAGUCGCCCUAUUGGACACUGUGCUCCCUGGGAGAGGGAGAAGCGGGACGGCUGGCCAGUGAGAGCCCAGAGGAAUUAGUAAGCUUCACUAAGCGGACCCUGAGCCGUGUUCGGCCAAGCUCCGUCCGCCUGGACUCCUCCAACCCCAACCCCCAGGGCUACUGGAAGGGCGGGGUCCAGCUAGUGGCCCUCAACCAGCAGACCCCCGGGGCCAUGCUGGACCUCCACAGAGGCCGGUUCACCCAGAACGGGGGCUGUGGCUUCGUGCUGCGACCAGGGGUCAUGAGAGAUGAGGUGUCCUACUUCAGUGCUGUGACCCAGGGCUGUGUGCCUGGCGUUCCCCCUCAGACCCUCAGGGUGAAGGUGAUCAGCGCUCACAGCCUGCCCAAGCCGCAGGGCGCCGGGGCUAAAGGAGAGGUUAUAGAUCCCUACGUGGUUCUGGAGCUGCAUGGGGUACCGGCGGACUGCGCUGAGCAACGGACCAGGACUGCAGCACAGAACCAGGAUGACCCACUGUUUGAUGAGACUUUUGAGUUUCAGGUGAACAUGCCGGAGUUGGCGCUCCUCCGCUUCGUGGUAUUGGACGAUGACUACAUCGGAGACGACUUCAUUGGCCAGUACAGCGUGGCCUUCGAGUGCCUUCAGCCAGGCUACCGCAACGUGCCCCUGCUGGGUCUGGUGGGAGACCCCUUGCCCCACGCCAGCCUAUUUGUCCAUGUGGCCGUGACCAAUCGGCGAGGGGGGGGCAAGGCCCAGAGGAGGGGUCUGUCUGUGCGGAGAGGGGUGCGGCGGGGGCGAGAGUACGUGACCCUACGGAACACGGGUAUUAAAGCUCUGGAUGAUACGUUCCGUCCCGCUAGCGCCCCUCUCAAGGAGGCCACGGACCUGCGGGAGGAUGCACAGAGGGCCAGUAUGACUUUCAAGGAGCAUUGUGGGCUCCCCCCAGUGGCCAAGCUGAAGCAGUGCAUCCAGACCCUGGCCACGCGGCUUCAGACCCCAGAGGGCCCUCCGGGGGCCAGCAUGACCCUGAAGGACGGCUACCCCCACUUGGAGGCCCUGGGCAGCAUCACUGACACCACACGCAAACUAUUGAGCCACUAUGAUAUGAUGAUCUCAGCCCAGAAGCAGCUGAUUGAGAAGGCAGACGCUGUGCAGGAGAGGAUUGCACAGGUUCAGAGAGCGGGAAUGGAGUUUCACGAGGAGCUGCCCAGGCUGGGAGAGAAGGAGGGGCUGAAGGGGCGCAAGCAUAGUAAAGCCCUGGAGAGUUUCACCUGGAACAUCACUGUCCUCAAGGGUCAGUGUGAUCUCCUGCAUGGUGCCAAGGCUGACUCUCUGGAUGCUCUAAGACAGUUGGCCCUGGCCUGUGAAGCCUGUGGCUUGACCUCUACCACCUCCUGCGGUCCCUCUGACCUCCUCUACACCCCUCAUGGCAGGAGGGGCAGCACCCAUGGCAAUGGACGAAUCUGACACACCCAACCUACCAGAGAGAGGGAGGGAGGGGGAGGGAUGGAGUGGAAGAGAUGGUGACACCCCCCAAAGUCCCAAACUACGGGGAGGGAGGGAGGGGGUGGGGACAGAGAGAGAGUGGAAUGGUAUAGAAUAGAGGCCAGAGCCUAUCCCUUUAUCUAGAAUAAAGUAGCAAGACUACUGAAGAAUCGUUGCAGUAAUUUGACACCCUCACUUUGUGUUCUUCAGUCCUGAGGCUUUUUAACAAAACAUGAAUGUUCUUAUGUUACGUAAAAAACACUUGUGCUUAUUUAACAAUGUGAACUUGACCUUAAUAUAACUUUCUCAGUUUCUUUCUGAUGGAAAACACGGACUAAAUGACAACAUUUUCUCAAUGUUUUUUUUCUUUCUCCCUAAAAGGGAAUUGUGAUUGUGAACACAAAACAUUGUUCUGCUGUGAGGAAGAGUGGUGGUGACCUUUAUUUUUAUUUGAUUUAUUUGACCUUUAUUUAACUAGGCAAGUCAGUUAGGAACAAAUUCUUAUUUUCAAUGACAGCCUAGGAACAGUUUGUUAACUGCCUGUUCAGGGGCAGAAUGACAGAUUUGUACCUUGUCAGCUCGGGGGUUUGAACUUGCAAUCUUCCGGUUACUAGUCCAACGCUCUAACCACUAGGCUACCCUAUGUUAAAGUUCUUUUCUCUAUGGACCCUGUAUGCUGAACCUAAUGUUUGGAUUUUGCUCAACUCACCAUUUCUGAGCACAGUGGUUUCAAGAACCUGUUUAAGUUCUCCUUCCUAACAUUUGAAGCCCAGAGAGUCAAUGGAGGAGUCAAUGACAUUUUCCAGGAAUUCACAAGCACACCUCAAGCGCCUGUUAUACUCUGUUAGCCGGGGUUGUCUGCCCGCCUGAAGACUCUCCAGGUAGCCUAGUGGUCAGAGCGUUGGGCCAGUAACUGAAAGGUUGCUGUAUCGAAUCCCCGAGCUGACAAGGUAAAAAUCUGUCCUUCUGCCCCUGAGCAAGGCAGUUAAGCCUCUGGGCGCCGAAGACCUGGAUGUCGAUUAAGGUAGACCCCCGCACCUCUCUGAUUGAGGGGUUGGGUUAAAUGCGGAAGACACAUUUCAGUUGAAGGCUUUCAGUUGUACAACUGACUAGUUAUCCCCCUUCGACACAUGCAUCCACCUAAUUUAUCCCUCAGAGGAACUGAUGUAACGCUGUUGAUGAGAGCCCUUCUCGUAGUGGAUACAACGGGGGGCUUUCAUUCAGGGAUGGACUGAAGGGUGACCCCCAUGUCCAAGAGGACAUGCUGAGGGACAAUUGAUUGAUUCAUUGUUUGUGUUAAAAAGGCUUGGUUGAUUGAUAGAUGUGUAUUUCUCUACUAGAGGACAUUAUUGGCAUGGCUGUGUUACUAUGAGGGACGUAUAGGGGCCCCUUUCUCUAUGAGUUGACUGAAAGUAUGUGCUGGGUUUGUCCCAGCUUAAAAAACUCACUCAGCUAAACACUGAUGUACUCUGACAAAGAACUACAAAAAUGGCGCCACUAGGUGCGACUACUAACCUCAGUGUGUUUUUAUGCUUGCCCACUUCUGAUGGAGUGUGGGACAUUAAAUGGGGUCUCCUGUGGCUCACAGGUAAACAUUCCGUUCUAGCCUGGGGUAGGAGGUGAUGUACCGUCCCUACAGUGAUGGAUAAUAGAAUGCUGAAAGGCUAUUAGCUAAAUAAAACUCAUGCCCUUAUCAUAGAACAGGUGCUAGUUCUAAAGCCUCGGCCUCUGCGUUAACCCUUUGUGUGCAUUUAUGAACAAAACAACAUUUUAUGUAGAAAUUGUGCACCAAUAUUGAAUCUGAAAAGUCUGUUAUAUUAAAUAAAGUGCCCUUUUAAUAUAGACCACAUGGAGAAUUCAAUAUCUUUAUAAGAAAUAACGUGCCAAAGUGCCAAAAUUCAGUGUUUUGACAUUCGUCUUCGUGCACCCUCAGUUACUGCUAGGAAGAUUUGAACCCACUUAAACCCAACAUUUCUCCCAAGUUUUCAACAUCAUUGUUGAAGUCCUAGUUAUUUUGUUGCUUUGACAAAGUCGAUUCUGAAGAUUAUUAUUGAUUUAAUGUGACUUCAUUUACGUCCAUCCCUCAUUUUAAGGUCAACCCUGUUACCUGAACUGAACUCGGGUUUUCAAAAUGGUGAAACUAUUCCUUUAAAAAAGAAACAUUGAACAUCUUAUAGUCAAAUCAUAGUGUGAAAGCAGGUGAGCUGGUUCUACUCUUUUUGGACAUUUUCUAGUGUUUUGUGGUGGGAAACUGAGCGGGUGGAGGAUUUCGCGUCAACCCUUUUACCCACAGAAAGCCCUGGUUAGAAAGGUUUUAACAAUUUAAAGCUGGCGUUCACACGCCCCUCACAACAAUCUUCCAUUCCCCCUGUCACAUGGGGAUUCGUGACUGAUUUAAGAUGAAAUCAUCAACCCUGAUACUUUAUUUGGCACAUAAUAGGUACUUACUAUAGUAAUGUUUUUAUUUAAAAUCUCUUGAGAUGGAACGACCCAGAUACAGAAUGCAAAGAUUCCUGUCUAGCCUAAUCUGCUCGACUGGUGUGUUGAUGUUUUUUGCUGUGUUGAGACGCUACAAAUCUUAAAUAAAACCUCUGAUCGAACAACA